GUAUGUGCGAAAUCGACAUCGACGGAGAAGAAACAGCUAAUGAAUAAGGUGCAAUAGCGGUUAUCUUGAAGAAGAUCGGUAGUUGGUGCAACUUGGAGCGUUGCAAAAUGGCAUGGAAAAGUAGGCGCUGGCUGACACUUAUUGGAUGAUUGCCGGCCUACCUAGUUUUAGCUGCUUUAGUUUCAACCAAUAUCGACUGUCACUGACCUAAUCUAUCCAGAGCUAUAUCAUUCGUGGCCUCUCUAUAUAAGUUUUGGAAGCAGCCAUCUGUUUCGGCGAACCCAGCAAGCGUGACGUUCUAUUGGCGAAUCACGAAUAGUUGCAAUCGCUUUGCUGCGUGUUUUCCUAUUGAACCGAGCGCCGACCUGGUGAGGUGAGAGGCAGAGCAACAUCACGGUCAUCGGGAUGGCGUCACUCAAGGUUGCGGUCCGCGUCCGACCCUUCAAUCAGAGGGAAAAUGAGCUCGGCUCGAAGCUCAUCGUCCAGAUGGAUGGCAAGCGGACGCGGCUGUUCAAACCGAAACUCACCGGACCGGGAGCAAUCCGCGGUGAGUUGCUGGCGGCCCGUGGCGGAGGACCGGAACCGUUCAACGAUUUCACGUUCGACCACUCGUACUGGUCGGUGGACGAGGCCGAUUCGCACUACACCCCGCAGGAGAGCGUUUUCGAGGAUUUGGGCACCGAGAUUGUGGACUGUGCGUUUCAAGGUUACAAUGCGUGCGUGUUCGCGUACGGCCAAACCGGAAGCGGCAAAACAUUCACCAUGAUGGGCACGGCGGAAGCUCAAGGUCUCAUUCCACGAAUCUGCAGGUCACUCUUCGGUCGGAUGAAACUGGGUCAGGAGGAAGGUGUUGGGUACAAGACUCAGUGUUCGUAUUUGGAGAUUUAUAAUGAAAGGGUCAAGGACUUGCUCGGGCCUAGCGGAGCUGGGCAUGGUUUGAGGGUACGUGAGCAUCGGACACUAGGACCAUACGUGGAGAAUCUAUCACAACAUCCGGUGUCGGAUUACGGAGAGAUUCAGAACUGUAUGGUCCAGGGAAAUAUCCAGCGAACGACAGCCAGCACCAACAUGAACGAUACGAGUAGUCGAAGUCAUGCGAUCUUCACCAUUACGUUUGUUCAGGCUCGGUACCUGAAUGACAUGCCCAGUGAGACCGUGUCGAAGAUUCAUCUUGUGGACUUGGCGGGAAGCGAACGAGCAAAUGCAACGGGUGCAACAGGGCAGCGCUUGAAAGAGGGAGCACAUAUCAAUAAAUCUCUGGUCACGUUGGGAAGUGUCAUUUCGGCGCUGGCCGAACAGACCAACCCUACCCAUAACAAACGCAUCCUGUACAUUCCGUACCGAGACUCGAUAUUAACGUGGCUGCUGAAAGACAGCCUGGGUGGGAACAGCAAAACCAUCAUGAUAGCGGCCAUUUCCCCGGCGGACGUAAACUACAGUGAAACCCUCAGCACCCUCCGGUACGCCAACCGGGCGAAGAACAUCAUCAACAAGCCGACGGUCAACGAGGAUCCAAAUGUCAAGCUCAUCCGAGAGCUGCGCGAGGAAAUCUUCAAGCUCAAGAUGAUGCUUUCGACGGAUGGAUCGGCGCUAGAACCGUCGCUCAAGGUGCUGGAAGAUUUGCACAAGAAGGAAGCCCAGGAAAAGGUCCUGACCGAGGAAUGGACCGAGAAGUGGCGGGAAGCUCAAUCCAUCCUGCGGGAGCAGAAGUCGCUUGGACUGAGGAAAUCCGGCGUCGGUGUUGUGCUGGAUUCGGAAAUGCCUCAUUUGAUUGGGAUCCACGACGACAUCAGCACCGGUGUUACGCUGUACAGCUUGAAGGAAGGUGAAACCACUAUUGGCACAGCAGAAGCACCCUACCCGCAGGAUAUCGUCCUAAACGGAAUCGGCAUCCACCCGGAGCACUGUCGAAUCGUAAUCGACAAUGGAAACGCAACAAUCUGUCCGAACCCGUCCGCCACCUGUCUGCUCAACGCCAACAUCAUCGAGAAUCCGACGGCCAUUAGCCAGGGAGAUAUCCUGCUGCUCGGUCGGACCAACAUGUUCCGCUACAACAAUCCGGCAGAGGCGGCCAAAAUGCGACAGGACAACAACCACGCCCAGCGAUCAUCGCGUCUAGACCUGUCCCGACUUUCGCUCAUAGCCGCCUCGCGGGAAAACCUCUGCAGCAGUUUCCUCAGCGACGACGACAAUGGCGUCAUUUCGUCACCUCAGAAUCCUCUGCGCUUCCGGCAGUACACCCCCAGUCGGGAAGACACCGAACUGCAGGACGAACACCGAAAAAUUCUGCAAACUAUUGAAAACGCGCUUAAACAGUUAAACCUGGAACGGACGCGAAUGCACGAGCAGUUCAAGGCGAAGAUUAAACUAUGUCGCGAGGAGUUAGAGCGACUGGAGAGUACCAAGCGGGACAAGCUGAUGAUCCUGGACUGCCGGAUAGACGAACUGAUGGCCCGCCGCGAAAUGAUACUGUGGGAGAAGAGCAACGAAAAGACGCAGGUGGACAUUUUAGUUAGACAGCUAUCGGCCCUGCAAACGCAGCUAGACACCAAGAAGCGCGACUUCUACGAGUACGUGGCCAAAGAGCUCCAAGAGCUGCAGGACUGCGGCAAGCUGGACGAGGCCAGUAUUGAACUAAUCCAGAAGGCACCUCAGACAGAGGACUACUCGGAAAUCUUGCUGCUGAUUUCCAAAUCCUUGGACAACUACUCUGCACAAUACAUCCGAGAGUACAUCCGAAGGAAUCGCGAAGAGCUCGAUAAAUACGAACGGGAAUUGGGCGAGAAAGAAUCUCAACUGGAGCAGAGUACGCGUAAGAUUGCCGAUCUAGACCAAAAGAUCGACGAACUGGAACGCCAAAAUCAGGAACUAUUACAGCAACGUACCCAACUGGAAAUGGAAGAAAUGCAGAAAAAGAAACAGUCCAUGACCCUGAACCUGUCGCGGACCACGGACUCCAACGCUCAAACAGAUCCCAACUCUUCCGAAGCGCUACAGAUGGUAGCGAGUAACUCCACGGCUCGUACUCUGGAAACCUGUGAUACCUUCCAUACGGCCAAUUCGGACUGUUCGUUCGUAUCGGCACUGAAUACUCCGGCCUUGGAAGCGCUAAACCACCUGAUUCCGACGCCCAGUUCAACUGAAGGAACAGAAUCUGGAGCGGAUCAUGAGUCGGACUACUACGAGGAACCGGGACACGCGCAAGGCAUGAGCGACAGUGGCGUCAGCUUCGAGACGAAUAAGCUCGGAGAGGGUGGCAAGUUGUCGAAUGGUGGGAAGCUACUGUUCCGAUCGGAUGACCACUGUUUGCUGUUGACGUCAUCGACACCCAACUCGAAGUACGUAAAUAAGACACUGAUCGUGAAUGGAGGAGGUAGCAUAGAGAUCAGCGGAGAAGAAGUCGUGCGCGCAUCAACGAGUGAUGAGUCGGAUGAGAACUCGGAUCAUGGAAAAGGUGGUAGCGGGAACCGAUGUCGCGGGAACAAAAACAGUGUGCGAACGGAGAUUUUCGAUAUCCGACACGGGAUUCAUCCGCUGAGAGUCAACAGCCGCAGCGGAGAAGAAGAGGAAGGCGACGAUGAAGACGAUGAGAGACAUUCGCAUGCAAGCUCGCUGGAUAACAGCUCGAUAACAUCGUCCACGGCCAACUUGAUCUUGUGUGAGAUGAACCUGCUGAGGGAGAGCAUAGCGACGAAGAAGGCGGAGAUUAUGAAGAUACUGGAGACAAACGGCGACAAGACGAACCUGAACGGGAAAAUCAGUGAGCUGCAGGAUCUUCAAAAGAGAAUAAUGCAACUGGAGAUCAAGGUGCAGGACGUCGAGAAGAAUUGUCUGUCUGAUGAGGGGGGAUUAGACUCGGUUCGGGAUUUGCCGGGCAGUUUUACCGACAGCGACGACAGCCGGAUAAACUCGUGCAUCUAUCCGGACUAUCUGAGGCAUCGAGCACAGACCAGUAUUUAUGCGACGAGCGUGGCGCGAUCGUUGCCGUCAUUCGAAAGCGCGUCGGUCGAAAGAAUGCGUUCAGAGCAUUUCAUCAAUAUACCUACCUAUAUUAUUCGAGGGGCCGGAAAACAGACCCACUACGAGUACGAGGUAAAGCUAAACCUGCCGGACGAUCGAUGGACGCUACUCAGGCGAUACAGCAGGUUUCGGGAGCUGCACCUCAAAAUGAAAAAGGAGUAUGGCGAGAAGAUAACCAACAUCCCAUUCCCGCGCCGGGAGCUGUUCGCAUCGAACACGGAAUCGGUGGCGAAAACUCGCCGCCGCCAGCUUGAAACCUACCUGAGGCGGCUGCUGGUGGUAUGUUCUAAAAUACCGCAUAGCCCCAUCUACGAAGGCGAAGGACGACCGGGCCUAACCAAGAUUACCCUGAUAGAGUUGCACGCGGGCUUUUUCAAGAAGGGUUUGUUCGAAACGGGCAAGCAUGGAACCGGCUAGAACCGGUGGACGGGUGGUUGAAGUAAUAGUGUUUGACUUCCGGUUUUGUUUGUCGGAUUUUGUUUUUUUGAACGGUGGAAGCAAACAAAAAGUAAGGCUGAUUUUUGUAGAUAAACGAGCGAUUUGCGAAGUUAUAGAGUAAUGACGUAGCUGGAAGGCGUUCUCCCAGUUCGUUUUCGAUUUAAGCAGAUUUUAUUUAUUGUAAAUGACGAGCAGAUUUAUUAGGCGUUAUAGCUAUAGUGAGAUUGAUUAAGAUAGGAAGAGAGUGACACCAAACUUGAAGCAACAGCAGGAAUAUCGACGACAAUAAACCCCGCAACAUGGUGAAAGGACAGGAUCCUUCCCUGCUACUACAACACAUAUGGCUGCUGCACGAUCUCUUGUUCAACUGGGAAUUGCAUUUUACGUUGACAGAGAUUGCCACUCCCCAAGGAAAAAGGUAGGAGACGUUUUGUAGUGAAAAUGAUAAAAGGCUUGAUCCAGUUUUGUUCGUUAUGCAAAACCGCGAAUCCAAAGCCUAAUGAUGAAGUAGUAAAAACAAAUUAUAUUUAUGGCUUACGAGUCAAUUUUUUCAUAUACCUUCUAUGUUCAUUUGAGUACUGAAUUGUUAGUCAUCUUUCACAUGAUCCCCCAUAAUCACAAUUUGCCUUUACGUAACCCACAAAGACAUAUUCUGAAUAGUUUCACGUGACCUACCCAUACAUACGUACGUACACAAUACACACAUAUUUAGGAACACUAGCUGUGAUUUUUCAAUUUGACUCCCGACUAUCGUGAUAGUCCUGUUAUCUCAUUAACUUUCAUUGGAGCGAUCGACAGCCGGGAAGAACUGCAUGAGAGUGGAUCGAUCAUGAUUUAGCGCAUACAAAGACCUGAAACACAAAACAUAUUGAUUAUGAUAGGUAGUAUUUGUAGAUACGGAACAUGUUUCUUAAUCAAAAUUGGAUUGCAUCUUGCUACUGGAGCUCGUUGGGAAGAUCUCGAGACGACAUACGUGCAAGCAUAUAAUAGUCAAAAAUAGGAAAAAAUGUCAAAUACAGAGCUUGUUCGGACUUAAACAAUAUAACAGUGUAAGAUUUAGGAUACAAACGUAAGUGUUGACAACCCUUGUUCUUUGAAUGUAGUGACCUAAAUAUAAACUUAUUGGAACAACAAAUGACAGGUAUUCAUCUUUUAGAGGAAAUAGAAAUGGUCGUCUAGCAAUGCAACAAUCCUUGAGAAAUUAGCUAGAAUAAAUACCGAAAGAAACGAAACUACAAGUAAUACGUGGCAAUAUAGGAUAUUUGAUGUUAAAAUCAAAUUAAUAUAGCAAAUUUACAAAUCAAACAAGUUGGGCGCAUCAUGUGGUCGAGUUUUGUACUCACCAUUUGUAAAUCAUACACAUCACUCAUGAGAAUAAACUUAGAUUCGAAAGAUCGAUGAAA